UUUAAAUAACAAACAAAAAAAUCAAAAUAAAAAUCAAAACAAAACGUGAAUUCAAUCGUAAAAAAACCAAAAACAUAAAAACAAACCCGAGAUUUGAUGGCCAGAAAUAACCCGAAGUAGAAGGAGAUCCCGAUAUAAAUGAUGCAACGUUACGGCCAACUAAAAGAGUUGGCCAACUGUCGGCUACUGUCGGCGUCGAUCUCGACUGUUCAUCAGCUUAUGGCUAGUGGCCAGUUGUCGCCGUCGGAUGUCUGGUCAAAGUGUAUGCUAAGAGCCGUACAGACGAAACCGUUGAACGCAUUCGUAACGCUGACCACCGACAACGAUAUCGGCCGCCAAUCGGCGUAUUCAGCCGACGCCCGCUACACGAGUGGCCAACCGUUGGGCCGUUUGGACGGCAUUCCCAUUGCCGUCAAAGACAAUAUUUGUACGAAAAAUAUGUUGACAACGUGUGCGGCGAAAAUGUUGGCCAACUAUAGGCCGCCGUUCGAUGCGACAGUUGUCCGCCGAUUGGUGGACACCAGCGGUGCGCUGAUGUUAGGCAAGACUAAUAUGGAUGAGUUUGCUAUGGGUUCGGGUUGUGUGGACGGUGUGUUCGGGCCUACAGUUAAUCCCUGGAAAUCUCGACUGCCGUUCAAAGUAUGCGACAAACUGACCAACGAAUGGUCAGAAUUCAAUGGUUUGCCGCCGCCGACUGAUGACUGGUUUAUCAGUGGCGGCAGUUCUGGCGGCAGUGCCGUUGCUGUGGCCACUGGUUCGGUGUUUGCUGCACUGUCAUCGGAUACGGGCGGUUCGACUAGAAAUCCGGCGGCCAGAGUCGGUAUUGUUGGCUAUAAACCGACCUACGGUUUGGUCUCGCGAUUCGGUCUAAUACCGUUAACCCAUUCGCUGGACGUUAUCGGCAUUAUGGCCCGAUAUGUUGACGACGUAGCCAUCAUAUUGGCGGCUAUUGCCGGACACGAUUCGCUGGACUCGACUACUGUCGACAAGAAAAUCGAUAACACCGUUGUUAACGACUUGGAUCUGUCGACACUUACGAUCGGUAUACCCGAUGAAUAUCAGUGUACAGGUAUGUCGGACGAAGUAGUCGAUACGUGGCGAUCGGUAGCCGAUAGAUUGGCCAAUAUGGGCGCCCGAGUCAAGUCGGUAUCGUUACCGCAUACAAAGUACUCGAUAUCGUGCUAUUCGGUACUAAACUGUUGCGAAGUGGCCUCCAAUUUUGCCUGCUAUGAUGGCAUCGAGUUUGGCUAUCGAUCGGUGGCCGCGGCCGACGACAACAACAGUAGCGGUGGCCACCAAACAGUUGAAGAACAGUACUCGAAGACCAGACACGAAGCGUUCAGCGAUACAGUUAAGGGUCGGAUAUUUGCCGGCAAUUACUUUCUAUUGCGCGAAAACUAUGAAAACUAUUUCAACAGAGCUCUGAAAGUUCGGCGACUAAUUGCCGAAGAUUUUGAUCGUGUAUUUAGCAAACAAAACGUAGAUUUAUUGCUAACGCCGGUCACCCUAACCGAUGCUCCGCUAUACUCCCAGUGGAUCCAGAAAGACAAUCGCCAACAAGUAUCUAUCGAAGACUAUUGUACACAACCGGUCAAUAUGGUCGGACUGCCGGCUAUUAGUAUACCGUGUCGAUUGUCCAGCAAAUCGGGAUUACCGUUAAGUUUGCAACUAAUUGGCCGACGUUUUGACGACUAUUUUCUACUAUCAGUGGCCAAACAAUUGGAACAGUUGUUCAACUUUCCGCUCUUAGUCUACGACGACGACGACGACAAUGACAACAACCAUCAGACUAAAGAUGUUAUCAGUUGACAGACAAUUGAAAUCUAGAUUUUAAAAAAUAUAUAUAAUUAUAAUAAUAUUAUU